UGGCCUUAUUGCCAGUUUCACUUCCCUUUUUGGAUGAUUUGAGGAUUCCGUGAACCAAACAGGGCCUAAUUCAAACAAUCGUCAGUUCCUUCACUCCUGACUACCUCCGCGCCCAUGGAUUUAUUCAGGAAUGCGAUAGUGAAUCCUGGCCCGCCUGAAGAUUUUGCCCUUCAGACAGUGCAAGAAGCUAUAAAACCUCAGAAGCAAACAAAAUUAGCUCAAGAUGAGAAUCAAUUGCUGGAAAACAUUUUGCGCACGCUACUGCAGGAAUUAGUGUCAGCUGCAGUUCAGUCAGGGGAGAAAGUCAUGCAGUAUGGGCAAUCUGUUGCUGAAGGGGAAAAUAGUCCUGGACAAAUUCCACGCCUUCUUGACAUUGUCCUUUAUCUUUGUGAGAAAGAACAUAUUGAAGGCGGCAUGAUUUUUCAGCUAUUGGAAGAUUUGACCGAAAUGUCCACUAUGAGAAAUUGUGAAGACAUCUUCGGGUACAUAGAGAGCAAACAAGAAAUAUUAGGGAAGCCAGAAUUGUUUGCUCGAGGAAAGCUUGUUAUGUUAAGAACAUGCAAUCAGCUUCUCCGGCGACUGUCAAAGGCAAAUGAUGUGGUGUUCUGUGGACGAAUAAUUAUGUUUCUUGCUCAUUUCUUUCCAUUGUCUGAACGUUCUGCUGUUAAUAUCAAAGGAGUAUUUAAUACAUCAAAUGAGACAAAGUAUGAGACAGAGGCCCCUGAUGGUAUUUCUAUUGAUCUGAAUUUCUAUAAAACACUCUGGAGUUUACAGGAAUACUUUUCCAAUCCAGCUUCCCUGUCUGUAACACCAUCCAAAUGGCACAAGUUUAACUCUAGUUUAAUGACUGUGUUGAGCACCUUUGAGGCUCAGCCUUUGAGUGACGAUGAGGGCAAUGCCAUUAACCUUGAGGAUGAGGCAGCAAAUUUCAGCAUAAAAUAUCUGACAAGCCCUAAACUUAUGGGUCUAGAACUAAAGGAUCCAAAUUUUCGACGUCACAUUUUGGUUCAAUGCCUCAUUUUGUUUGAUUAUUUGAAGGCACCAGGAAAAAAUGAUAAAGAUUUGCCCUCUGAAACAAUGAAAGAAGAAAUUAAAAACUGUGAAGAAAGGGUCAAAAAGCUCCUUGACAUGACUCCACCUAGAGGCAAAGAAUUUCUCAAAAGUAUUGAGCAUAUAUUAGAACGUGAAAGGAACUGGGUAUGGUGGAAACGUGAUGGCUGCCCGCCAUUUGAGAAGCAACCACUAGAAAAGAAACUAACUCAAGAUGGUGUGAAAAAACGUCGUCCACGGUGGAGAUUAGGAAACAAAGAACUUUCUCAAUUGUGGAAAUGGGCAGACCAGAAUCCGAAUGCUUUAACUGAUCCUCAACGUGUGCGGACUCCUGCCAUCAGCGAGUACUGGAAACCCCUGGCUGAGGAUAUGGAUGAAUCUGCUGGAAUUGAAGCAGAAUAUCAUCACAAGAACAAUCGAGUUUACUGUUGGAAAGGGCUACGGUUCUCUGCUCGUCAAGACCUGGAGGGAUUUUCUAGAUUUACUGAACAUGGAAUUGAGGGUGUGGUACCCUCGGAACUGCUGCCACCUGAUGUGAGGUCCAAAUAUCAAGCUAAACCAAAUGACAGGUCCAAGCGUGCAAAAAAGGAAGAAACGAAAAGCACCAUAUGCUAG